GGUGCAAAGAAAACAAAGAGAGAAGAAAAACAAAACCUAGGUCUUUGUAUCUCUCAACCCUCUCUCUCGAAUAGCCUCCCCGAAACUCCUCUCUUUCUCUCUCAUGAAACCUCGAUCUCUCUCGUGAAUCUUUUAGUCCUCCGCGAAAGCUCUCUGGCUCGUGAAACCUCUCUCGGCCCUCUCUCCCCAGUUUCCAAUUCCAUACUUAAUUUCAACCCUCUAAAUCCCUAAAUCCUCCACCUUUACAGGGAGCCGACUACGAUGGCCUCGAUUCUCAAGCCGUCCAAUGGGGUGAGAUGGGAAGACGAUGGCGUUUCGGGAUAGGCAGAGGGCUCGCUUCUAAGAGCCUUGACUGGCGGUGGCUUUUUUCUCAUCCAAAUCAGAAUUAGAUGGAUGCCAAGCCUAAACCCUCUCAUCCUCUUCGCAAUGCUAUCGCCGUCAUCUCUCCGCAAACCACCGACCUCAUCGCCUACCCUAGACGCCUCUGCGAUGCCAUUGGAGAGCUCCAGCGCCGCCAGCGCACCGCCGAGUUAUGCGUCCUCACUUACCCACAGUUCUUACCCUCACUGCGAGGAUCUGUUUCAAACAACGAAUCCGAAACACCCAUAUCAUCCACCGUCCUCACCAAAUCGAACUUUUGGUGAUGAUGAUCCUGACAAGAGAAACAAACUAGUUCAGGACUUGAAUGAUUUAACUGGAGAAGGAAACAUUGGUAGUAUGCUUGCAGUUGAAAUGGGAUUAAAACAGCUUGCUUUCCUGAAGUUACAAAAGGAGCACAGCAGCCAUAUCUGUAGGAAAGAAGAGUUGUGCCAAAGAAGAGGCCCUGAUUUUUCAAAACUGUGUUGUGUGAGCUUGAGAUGUCUGCAUCAAUGUGCUAGUAGUGGAGAAUAGCAACUUUUGCGCUGACAAACUUGCUGAACAACAGUCUAGUUCGUUGUGCUUGAAAUUGAAGAGUGCGAGGAUGUUGAAAUAUAUGUUGAAACUGUUAGGCUGAUGUACUGCAAAGAAAUGAGGCAACGGCUGAUGAAGCAAAGCGUUUCCCGUGUACUCCGAAUUCUGAAGGAACUAAAUGGUGGAAUGUUGCAUAAAGAGUCUUUCCGAGAUCGAGCGUGGAGUACAAAGCAAUGCAGCAAGCCAUAUUUUCUUUCAUCAUGUAAAACUUAACCAGGAAACUUAAAUGCUUUUUAGUCUAUGAGAUGUAUGAAUGCUUUAGCAAUGUUCCUUAAAUUCAAUAUUUGAUGAAUUGAUGUAUCACAAUGAUUUUGGUACAAAUGUUGAUCAUUUGAUGGUUUGCA